UGGGUGAGAGGACCCUCCUGGUGUUUCCUCUACUGAGUGCUCUGGCUCAAUGGGGCUGUGUUUUGCCCUCCCAUUGGCUGCACUGGCCAGCUGCCUGCUUCCUGUGGACUGUUGUAUCACAUGUGACCCGACAGUCAUAGCAGCAGUAAAGUCCUUGGAGACAGACUACCUGCCUGGACACUUGGAUGACAAAGGUCACAAAAAAGUGAUGGAUAUUGUACACAAAACUCUGAACGAAUUCAAGGAACUGCCGAUUAAAGAGGGUUCCUAUAUGGGAGCCGUAGAUGAAAAAACAAUAAAACACGCAGCCUCGAAUUUCUUGAGGGAGCUGAAAGUCAUCACAGACAGUGAUGUAGAAGGGGAGGAAUUCGUGAGGCAGUUGUACUGGAUGUUGGACAAGGAAAAGGGGGAUUUUAUGCACGAGUCUGCUCAGUUCCUGAAGGAGGCAGCGCUGGACGUCUUCAUGCUGUGCAACGCGCUGGAUCAACUAGCCAAGGCCAGAGUGGGCAGCAGCGAGUGGCGGCUGGAGCACCUGCCUGUGCUGGGCUACUCGGAGCGCCCACUGCUGGUGCAGGAGCUGUGGCGUGCUGCUUGGAGCAGGAAACCUUCGGGGGCUGCGGUCAGUGAUGGUACCUGUGCCCUUUUGUGGCAGCCAGAGAAGAACCGUUCCAGAGUUGCUCCUGGUGGGGAGGCGCUGACCAGUCCUGGUUCAGCUGGUUGCAGGGGCGAGGAGAGCUGGGAAAACUUGCCCUUCUGGCGCAUCAUGUCAGAGCUGAGCCUGCAUGGGCCACGGAAUGCAGGGAAGGACUUGGCCCUGCUCACUCAGUGCAACCACACUACCGUGACCGUUGGCACCUUUGGCUUCUGGGCUGCCUACCUGGCUGGUGGAGACACUGCCUACUUUACCAACUUUGCCCUGCCAGACUCAGAGUUCCUGAAGAUUUGGGAGGAUGGUUCUGAGACCUUGCUGUACCAGGGAAAGAACCCCAUCUUCACCAUUACCUCAUUAACUCAAAAGAAUACUGGCACCUACCGCUGUGAACUGGGUACAAAGACCACUGGCCCAUCCACGAUCAUUCAUUAUCUCGUCACAGUUUUGCCCCCAAAUGCUACAGAGGAGACACCAACAACAAGCAUCCUCUUUGGGAGUGAGACAGAGUCAGGGACACAGGGUGCAAAUGUCACUGGUGAGACCAGUCCAGCCAUCCCUGGUGGGACAGGCCCAGCUUCCCCAACGGUCCAGGGUGAGACGGGCCCAGGGGUUCAGGGUGAGACGGGCUCAGGGGUUCAGGGUGAGACAGCCCCACUCCAGGGUGAGACGGGCCCAACAGAACAGGGUGAGAUGGGCCCAAACCAGGAAGAUACGGGCUCAACAGAACAGGCCGAGACUGCCCCACUCCAGGAUGGUAUGGGGUCACUGGCCCAAGGUGAGACGGCCCCUCAAGUCCAGGGUGAGUCGGGCCCACUCCAGGGUGAGAUGACAUCUCCAGACCUGGUUGAGACGGCUCCAGUUGAGGCUGAGACAGCUCCACUUGAGGCUGAGACAGCCCCACUUCAGGGUGAGACAACCCAGCCGGCCCAGGGUGAGACGACCCAGCCGGCUGAGAGUGAGACGACCCAGUCGGCCCAGGGUGAGACAACUCAGCCGGCCGAGAGUGAGACGACCCAGCUGGCCCAGGGUGAGAUGACCCAGCCGGCCCAGGGUGAGACGACCCAGCCAUUCCAGGUGGAGACUGCCCCACUGCAGGGUGAGAUGGCUCCAGGUGAAGGUGAGAUGGCCUCCCAGUUCCAGGGUGAGACAAACCAGGUUGAAACAGCACCACUGGAGGAGGAGACAGCCCCGCCAUUCCAGGAAGAGACUGCCCCACUUCAGGGUGAGAUGGCUCCAGGUGAAGGUGAGGCGGCCUCCGAGGUCCAGGGUGAGGCAGCUCCACCAAACCAGGAUGAAAUGGCACCAUUCGAAGAGGAGACAGAACCAGGCGAAUUUGAAAUGGGCCAACCACUCCAGAAUGAGAUGGCCCCAGGACAGGGUGAGAUGACUCCCCCAGAACAGGUAGAGACUGCCCCACUGCAGGGUGAGAUGACUCCCCCAGGCCAGGCUGAAACUGCCCAAUUCCAAGGUGAGAUGGCCACACCAGUCCAGGGUGAGACAUCUGCAGCUCAGGGUGAGACUGCCUCACCAAUCCAGGCCGGGAUGGCCCAACUCCAGAAUGAGGCAGCCCUCAUCCAAGAUGAGACAGCCCCAUUCCUGGGAGAGACGGCCCCACUUGUAGGUGACAUGGCUCCACUUGAGGAGACCUCAGUACGCCCGAAUCCAGGAGAAUUGGAGUCUUCGACCACGAACCAACAGCCUGAGCAGGCCAAGGGCACCGGCGCCCCCUCCUGGCGGCCACAGAAGAAUCGCUCCCGUGCAGCUUCUGGUGGGGCCGCACUGGCCAGUCCUGGUCCUGGGUCUGGAUCUGGGGUCCCCCCUGGAUCUGGGGGCAAGGAACGCUCGGAGAACUUGUCCUUACGGCGCAGUGUGUCAGAGCUGAGCCUGCAGGGUCGGAGAAGGCGGCAGCAGGAACGCAGGCAGCAGGCACUUAGCAUGGCCCCAGGGGCAGCUGAUACCCAAAUAGUACCUGCAGACCCCGGGGAUUUUGAUCAGUUGACUCAGUGCCUCAUCCAGGCCCCCAGCAAUCGCCCCUACUUUCUACUGCUCCAGGGCUAUCAGGAUGCCCAGGACUUUGUGGUGUAUGUCAUGACAAGGGAGCAACACGUUUUUGGCAGAGGCGGGACCUCCUCAUCCCGCUGCGGGUCCCCGGGCCCAUACGUGGACACUUUCCUCAAUGCCCCUGACAUACUGCCACGCCACUGCACAGUUCGUGCGGGCCCUGAGCCCCCAGCCAUGGUGCGCCCUUCCCGUGGAGCUCCGGUUAUGCACAACGGGUGUCUUCUGCUGAGAGAGGCCGAGCUGCACCCAGGUGACCUGCUAGGGCUGGGCGAGCACUUCCUGUUCAUGUACAAGGACCCCCGCACCGGGGGUUCUGGGCCGGCCAGACCCCCCUGGCUUCCUGCGCGUCCCGGGGCCACACCCCCAGGCCCCGGCUGGGCCUUCUCCUGCCGUUUGUGCGGCCGUGGUCUGCAAGAGCGUGGGGAGGCGCUGGCCGCUUACCUGGACGGCCGGGAGCCGGUCCUGCGUUUCCGACCUCGCGAGGAGGAAGCACUGCUGGGCGAGAUCGUGCGGACCGCGGCCUCUGGAGCGGGAGACCUGCCACCGCUGGGGCCUGCCACGCUGCUGGCGCUCUGCGUGCAGCACUCGGCCCGAGAGCUGGAGCUGGGCCACCUACCGCGCCUGCUGGGCCGCCUCGCCAGGCUCAUCAAGGAGGCCGUCUGGGAAAAAAUUAAGGAAAUUGGAGACCGUCAGCCAGAGAACCACCCUGAGGGGAUCCCCGAAGUGCCCCUGACUCCAGAGGCUGUAUCUGUGGAGCUGCGGCCACUCAUGCUGUGGAUGGCCAACACCACUGAGCUGCUGAGCUUUGUGCAGGAGAAGGUGCUGGAAAUGGAGAAGGAGGCGGACCAGGAGGGUCUAUCCUCAGACCCACAGCUCUGCAAUGACUUGGAAUUAUGUGACGAGGCCAUGGCCCUCCUGGAUGAGGUCAUCAUGUGUACCUUCCAGCAGUCUGUUUACUACCUCACCAAGACUCUUUAUUCAACACUGCCUGCUCUCCUGGAUAGCAACCCCUUCACAGCUAGUGCCGAUCUGCCUGGGCCUGGUGCAGAGCUGGGGGCCAUGCCUCCAGGGUUGAGACCUACACUGGGCGUGUUCCAGGCAGCCUUGGAAUUGACCAGCCAGUGUGAGCUGCAUCCAGAUCUUGUGUCUCAGACUUUCGGCUACUUGUUUUUCUUCUCCAAUGCAUCCCUUCUCAACUCACUGAUGGAACGAGGUCAAGGCCGACCUUUCUAUCAGUGGUCCCGAGCUGUCCAAAUCCGAACCAACCUAGAUCUUGUCUUGGACUGGCUUCAGGGGGCUGGGCUAGGUGACAUUGCCACUGAGUUCUUCCGGAAACUCUCCAUUGCUGUGAACCUGCUCUGUGUGCCCCGCACCUCCCUGCUUAAGGCUUCAUGGAGCAGCCUACGAACUGACCACUCCACCCUGACACCUGCUCAGCUCCACCAUCUGCUUAGCCACUACCAGCUGGGUCCUGGCCGCGGGCCACCACCGGCCUGGGACCCUCCCCCAGCAGAGCAGGAUGCUGUGGACACAGGCGACAUCUUCGAAAGCUUCUCCUCUCACCCGCCCCUCAUCCUGCCCCUGGGCAGCUCACGCCUGCGCCUCACGGGCCCAGUGACAGACGACGCCCUGCACCGUGAACUGCGCAGGCUCCGUCGCCUCCUGUGGGAUCUUGAGCAGCAGGAGUUGCCAGCCAAUCACCGCCACGGACCUCCCGUAGCCUCGCCUCCCUGAAGACCAAUAGCAAAGGAGCGCGCGAACCUUGAAAAUUCUUGGGCUUCUACUCACGGGAGACCGACUGAAGGAAGAGCUUUCUGGGAGUUGUAGUUCCCGUCCCCGCGCGGAAAGCUGGGAGUUUGAAUUUUGGGGUAGUAACAGG